UACGCUUUCUUCAUCAAUACCUCAAUUUCGGAGAUUCAAUUCGAAGUCGUUUUUGGCGUUUUGGUUCAUCUCCACUCAUAGCAUAUACCCUUGUUCUUGUCUUAUACGCCAACCAUUGAGUAGUCCCUUCAAUUCAUUAGCCGUUCCGAAUUGAUACCUUUGCAUUGUGCUCUUUCUUGUGUCUCAUACAACCGCAAACUUAGGCUCUUAUUGAAUCUUAUUCGGGGAAAGACCAACAUGCCACUCUUCGAAAUGAAUGAGCACUAUUACCAGAGAACUCCCGAUGGUCGACCACCUCAAUUGAAUAUGACGGUCUGUGGCUGCCGGUGUGGUUGCGGAUGCGCAUUCAGCGGAGAAGGCGAGGGAGGAAACAGUGACGACGAGGCAGAUGAGGUCCUCCGGGAAAGAUCUCGCGGACUAGACGAUGUGGAACAAGGUCCUUCUCUCCCCUUUCAUAUCCAAGAAGAAAUCCAACGCGUUGAAACUCGACACGGUGGAUAUAUCAUGAGUAGAGAAGGAUUCCGACCUGACUACUUCGCUGUCGGUUCGGAAGAAAUGCAACGGGCAAUUUUGCCGGGACGACGGCUUGCUAUCGGUCAUGCUGAGAGUGACACAGUCACCUCUACGGCGAACGAACCGAAUGGCACCGACGAUCAGAGCUCAGCGAGCAGCGGUGAACUGUUGAGGAUCCCCGAUAUACGUUACGGCUCCCCCGGGCCCGGGAUUGGUGGCUGGGUGACUCUCGCAGAUUACUACUUUGUGAAGAGUCCGCUGCGAUUGACUGCUCAACGCCAAUACUGCCGGGGAUUGGUGACGGCACACCUCAUUGUGCACGACGACACGACGGAUCACCACCAUGACAGCGUCUUUCCAAGGCGCGUGACGAUUUGAUUUGAUUCUGGGACGGCUUUUCCAUGGUCUCUUAUAUUUCAGGUGUCUUCUUCGAUCAGGAAUUCAGGUUUCGGCAUUGCGGUGUUGUGCGGUCUCGGGGACGACUCUGUUUAUCAAGACGAGGCUUUCGGGGC